AUGAAGUAUUUUAUUUUCCUUGCUGUCUUAUCUCUACUGCAUCUUCUGAUAGCUGCUCAAGAAUGUCCUCUACCAAGCAUAACUCAGAUAGAGAGUGCAUUGCCUCCUUUACUAGUCGUUUCUGAUGGUAACCAGGUGUACUCUCCUAAUGUAACUGAAGGAUCAGUUCAGUAUGUCUGUCAAGCUCAAGGAAGCAUGAUUGAUACUUAUCAAGCCAUAGCUCUUAUAGCUACAUUCACUCCUAACCCAGGAGAAGCUGAACAAACCAGGAUAUUUGAUAUUGAGUGUAUCAGUGGUACAUGGAGUGGAAGGACUGGUAGUUUAGAUCCUCCUCCUGCCAGUGUUGUUAGUGCUCCUACAAGAACUGAUUGUUAUCGGUGUAGGGAAGGUUUUGGUGGUGAUACUAGAUGUAGAGGUUGCAUUGAAGGAUACACAGGAAGUGAUUGCUUAACUAAUAUUGAUGACUGUGAUCCUAACCCUUGUGACAAUCAAAAUGCAUACUGCAUAGAUGAAGUUGCAAGUUAUACUUGUGUCUGCUUAGAUGGUUACACUGGG